CAAACAAAUGGGUUUAACGUACAAAGCGUUGAAGUACAGAGACGUCAAAAUGAAUUUGACCAAAGCGAAGGCGGGUGGUGUUGGUGGUGGUGGUGGUGGUGAUGUUAGUGCCGUUAGUGCUGAUAGUGUUUAUGGUGAGGGCUCGGAGCAACAAGCCUCAGCGCUAGCAAUCGAGGCAAGCACAUCUCUAAUGGAUGCAACAACUGCAGCAGCGACGGAGAAGCAACAACAUUUCACUGCUGAUCACAUAAUGCAAUUAUGCUUGUUUUUGGCAGAAAAAUCCAGAGCAAAGCAGCUACAACAGAAUCAGGAAAUGAACGCCCGCAGAUAUUAUGAGAACUUUCUAAAAGAAGCCAAUGAUUUUGUGGAGGAUGAGAAAAUGCGCGGUGACAAUAAAUCCAGAAAACCUCAGACUCGGCCACCGAGCGCAAGUUACAAAUUAAAAUGCACGCAAAUCAAGCAUAACAUCUCAACAAUAACGCUCCACCAAACAAGUCCACGCGCUGCAAGGCGAACGAAAAUAAAAUCAGAGAAAAUCUUCAAACAAGCCGUUUUAACGGAUACAUUUUCAACUUCAAGCAGCAAUAAUCAAACCGCCAGCCUCAGCUCUCUACCUGAAUUUUACGAAAAAUUAACACAAAACGCCCACAACUAUCAGCAGUCGCCACAACACCAGCAACACCAACAACAAUACAAACGUGAUAUUUUACGCAAAAUACGGCAACAAAUUUUCGAACGAAAACGCUUGCGGCAAGUGCUGAGUGGUGGCCAACAACAGCAUGGCAGCGAAUACCUGCAACCGCAAUGCCACCAGCAACCUGCGGGAUCGGGCUACAGCAAUGUAGAGUUGCAGCAGCAUGAAGAGCUUCAGCAAUUGGCAGAUGUUUGGCGGCCUUGGUGAGAGGCAUUUGAAUGGGUGGCCAGUAUUUUAAAUUUGCGCGCCAAGCAUUUUGCAUUUAAAAAGAAAAGGUAUCUGCUUUAACAAACACGUAGGUGAAAAUGCCGUGGAACUAUGAGAGGUGAAGAUAUUUAUCUAAAGAC